AUGAUCGGAUUUAACUUAUUACUUUGGACGCUGAUCUUUUAUUCUUACUAUCUAACUUGUGUUCAAACUCGAAUAGUUAUCACGGUUGAUUCAUCAAGUUCGGAAGAAUCUCCUCCUACGAAUGAUGAAUCUUUUCAUUGUGUGGAUCGAAUGAGAAAUCAAGAUGAGUCUGAUAUUGAUUGUGGAGGUCUCGAGUGUCCAAGAUGUCAAGACUUAUUGCGUUGUAAGACAUGCUAUGAUUGUAUGAGUAAUCUAUGUCAAAACAACGUAUGUGCUGAUACAACAACCACUACGAUCGUUACGACGACUCAAUCAACUACUUCUUCACCUAUAAGCACAACCACCGCUAAGCCCAUCACUACACACACGCUAACAACGACGUUAUUGACAAACACAACUUUAACAACUACAAGAGUAAUCUCAGAAACUUCAACGACCACCUCAAUCAUUCCAGAUUCGACUACAUCCACCAGAUCAACCGAUUCAGAAUCGAGCACAGCCACUGCUGCAAAUACUUCAUGGCCUAGUACUACAACCACUUCUGUCGCUCUAGAAUCAAGCACAUUCAUCACGUCAGUGACUCCAAAACCGAGCACAACAUCUGCUUCGAGUACUUUAGAGUCGAGUACUAGAUCUACUUCCAACGCUGCAGAGAAUAGCGCCACAACCACUUCAAGCACUGCGAAGUCUAGUACCUCAGCCAACUCGAACACUCCAGAACCGAGCACUACGACUGCUUCGAGUACUUUAGAGUCUAGUACCUCAAUCACCUCGAACACUGCAAAGCUCAGUACCACAACCACUUCAAGCACUGCGAAGUCUAGUACCUCAACCACCUCGAACACUCCAGAACCGAGCACUACGACUGCUUCGAGUACUUUAAAGUCGAGUACUACAUCUACUUCCAACGCUGCAGAGAAUAGUACCACGAUUAGCUCAACAAUUUCAGAGUUCAUCACGACUACUUCAACGCCAAUGGUACCAAUUACAAAUACUACUUUAAGAACGUUAGAGCCCACCUGGACAACUUCAACCUCAACAUCAAUGUUACCGUCGGUAAAUACGACUUUAACAACGCUGAUUGGAUCAUUCGAAACACCGUCGAGGAACUCGGGUGUAACCCAUUUUAGCGCGUCGCAUAGUUCCUCUAUUGCUCUAUGUAUAUAUACGACAGUUUCCGUAUGUGUGCCUUGGUUUUUCGGCCUCAUAUGA